ACUAGAGGAUAAUACAAUAAACAUGCAAGAGACAAGAGCAUGUUUUCACUAUCUUUUGAUUUGAAAAGUUCUGUAAUUUAAUUUCUUUGUGCUAGUAAAUAGGUAUCUGCGUUUUUCUUGUUUGCUAUAAGCUUGAAAAUUCCUAUAGCACCAACCACAGCUGCACCAGUACUACCAGUAAGCUUAUCCUCCAGGGGAAUUUGCAAAAAUGGCUUUAGCACUUCAGAGGAGAGCAAACGUUCGUCUUCCUCCUGAAGUCAACAGAGUGUUGUAUAUCCGAAACCUGCCUUAUAAAAUAUCAGCAGAAGAAAUGUAUGAUAUAUUUGGAAAGUAUGGAGCUAUUCGUCAAAUUAGAGUUGGCAACACUCCUGAAACGAGGGGAACAGCAUUUGUAGUGUAUGAAGACAUUUUUGAUGCAAAAAAUGCAUGUGAUCACCUAUCAGGUUUCAAUGUAUGUAACAGAUACUUAGUUGUUCUCUACUAUAGAUCUAACAAGGCAUUCAAGGGUAUGGACAUUGAUAAAAAACAAGAAGAAUUGGAUACUUUGAAGAAGAAGUAUGGAAUUUCAUCUGAAGACCUAAGAAAAUAGAUCAAUGCUAAGUUUUACUUUUUAUGUAUCUGUCAAGAAAAUAAUUUUAAUGAAUACUAAUAAAAUACAAAGUUUGUCUCUUGUGUCUUUUACAAAAAAUAACAUUUAGAGUUGGGUCUGU